AUGGACACAAACAGGAGUAUGGUUUACUCAGGAAUGGAGAUGGGUGUAGGAAGAGAGGCUAUGUCAGUUAUGUGUGACAUUUUCAAUAUCCCCCCCCCGGCCUUGCCAUCAUAAAGCUAGGGACCAACAUGUUGCUGCACUGUAUGUGGCCCACAAGAAAGCUGUUGUGGAACAGUCACAGAAGGCAAGAAACAAGGUGUUUUCACUUCAUCGCUCUGAUGAAACUGAUGUCGCAGAGAUUGCGGUGAGCUAUGAUGGUACGUGGUCCAAACGAGGAUACACAGCCAAUAUCGGGGUUGGUUUUGUCAUCUCGGUUAAAACUGGUGAAGUGCUUGAUUUCCAAUUCGAGUUGAAGCUGUGCUCAUCAGAGUGUAUAGUACAGCAAAGAAGGAUCUUGGUGAAGAUUCUGCUGAGUAUGCCAUUUGGUACGGUGGGUGAUAAUGAAGUUGACUUUGAUGAUGAAAAUGACUAUCCGUUAGCCAGAUUUGCUCAUAAUGAUGAGUCUAAUGACACUGAUGAUGCACCAUUGGCUCAAUUUGCCAGUAGAAAUCAGGAAAAGUGA